AUAUGGUCAGUUAACAACCCCAACUGCAUCAUGAGCUUGAUAGGCCACACGACGCCCAUUGAGAGCCUACAGAUCAAUAAAAAUGAGAAACUCAUCGUUGCAGGGUCCCAGUCAGGGUCCAUUCGCGUUUGGGACCUGGAAGCUGCCAAAAUUCUUCGUGCCUUACUGGGUCACAAAGCGAAUAUCUGCAGCCUCGCUUUCCAUCCUUUUGGAAGCUUUGUGGCAUCUGGCUCUUUGGACACCAACAUUAAGCUCUGGGAUGUAAGAAGCAAAGGUUGUGUCUUCAGGUACAAGGGUCACACAGAAGCAGUUCGAUGUCUCCGCUUUAGUCCUGAUGGGAAAUGGUUAGCCUCUGCUGCUGAUGAUCACACUGUAAAGCUGUGGGAUCUGGCUGCUGGGAAGAUAAUGUUUGAGUUUACGGGACAUACUGGCCCAGUAAACGUUGUUGAAUUCCAUCCCAACGAAUACCUUUUGGCUUCUGGCAGCUCUGACAGGACUGUUCGGUUCUGGGACUUGGAGAAGUUUCAAGUUGUGAGCUGUAUUGAAGAGAAGGCUACUCCUGUCAGGUGUGUGCUCUUCAACCCAGAUGGCUGCUGCUUGUAUAGUGGCUUCCAUGAUUCGCUGCGUGUGUACGGCUGGGAGCCAGAACGCUGUUUUGACAUGGUCUUGGUGAACUGGGGAGAAGUAGCUGACUUGUCUAUCUGUAACAACCAGCUGAUAGGAGUUUCCUUUGCACAAAACACAGUCUCUUCCUUCGUUGUGGAUCUCAGCAGAGUCACAAAGUCUGGUUCCAUUCCUCGUGGGCUGCUCAGAGAUGAUGAGCCUCUUGUGCCACCUACCCCAACGGGUUCCUCCAUUCGCCGCAUCUAUGAUAGGCCCUCAACUAGCUGCAGCAAGCCACAAAGCAGAGUGAAGCACAACUCAGAGAGCGAGAGGCGCAGCCCCAGCAGCGAAGAUGACCGGGAUGAAAAGGAAUCAAAGGCUGAGAUCCAGAAUCCAGAGGAGUACAAAGAGAUCUUUCAGCCCAAGAAUGCUAUUUGUCGAACUCCUCCUCGAAGUGAACCUUUUCCUGCCCCUCCAGAGGAUGAGCCUGUAACUGUGAAGGAAGCAGUUAAGCCCAGCCAAGUGGAUGUCCAGACCUCGUUGCCCAAGCAGGAACUCUCUGAUCCAGUUCAGAGGCCACCAAUUGCUUCCUCCACUCCCAUGACAAGAACAGAGCCAUCGGUGAUACCUGCGGCCAGGAAUGAGCCCAUUGGCUUGAAGGCCUCUGAUUUUCUACCAACUCUGAAAAACCAAAGCCCGACCGAGCUGGUGGAUGAGGACGCCAUGUCGCAGAUCAGGAAGGGGCACGAGACUAUGUGUGUGGUACUCGCCAGCCGCCACAAGAACCUGGACACCGUGCGGGCUGUGUGGAGCACUGGUGACAUCAAGAACUCUGUGGACUCUGCAGUGGCGAUCAACGAUCUUUCUGUUGUUGUGGACCUCUUGAAUAUCAUCAACCAAAAAGCGUCUCUCUGGAAGCUGGAUUUGUGUACUAUAAUCCUGCCACAGAUAGAGAAACUACUCCACAGUAAAUACGAAAGUUAUGUGCAGACUGGCUGCACCUCCCUGAAACUCAUUCUCCAGAGAUUUCUGCCACUGAUCACAGACAUCCUCGCUGCACCACCUUCUGUCGGAGUGGACAUCACCAGAGAGGAAAGGCUCCAUAAAUGCAAGCUGUGCUACAAGCAGCUGAAAGACAUCAGCAACAUCGUCAAGAACAAGUCUGGGCUCAGCGGCCGCCAUGGUAGUGCCUUUCGGGAACUGCAUCUCCUCAUGGCUGUCCUGGAAUGA